AUGAGUGAUAAUUAUAAUGUAAUAUGUUUUAAACAUAAUAACAAAUGUUUAUCAACAAUAUUUUGUCGUAAUAUACCAAAUAAAUGUCCAAAUUGUUUAUUAAAUUUGGAUUUAACAAUACCACCAUUUAAAUUACCAUGUCCAUUUACAAAUGCAGCUAAUAAUAAGUCAUGUUUAAUAAUACGUCCAUCAAUUGGUACAUUUUUAAAUUAUGAAUUAAAUAAUGAUUUACAUAUUGGUAUAAUUAAUUCAAAUAAACAAUUGUAUGAAUUUGAUAAUCGUGGUAUUGUUGUUAAUGAUUUUGAUAACUGGAAAUCAUGUAUUGUUUUUGAUAAUUUUGAAGAAUCAUGGCAUUCAUAUUUUGAUGAAAUAAUUAAUAAUAAAUUGCUUAAUAAUAAAUUAACAAAAUGGAAUAAAAAUAAUUAUCAUCCAAUUAAUUUUAAUUGUUUUAAUUUUAUUAUUGAAUUUUUAAAUGAACUUAAAUAUCCAAAUUAUUUUUAUAAUAAUAAAAUUGAUAUUUGUGAUAAAUUAAUAUUACCUAAAAUUCAUGAAGCUAUGAGAUUUAUAAAAAUAUAUAAACACAUUGAAAAACAUGAUUUU